UAUUGAUAAAUACUGAAAAAUCGCUUUAUUCUAUCUAUUUUGGGACACAUUUCUUCACCAUCACUUUCGUAGUCUUUCAAAAAAGCAAUAAGACAGUAUUUCACAUAUUAUUUCUUUUAGAUUAUGUUUCAUAAAAAAAAGAGGUAUAGUUAAACCAAUAAAAAUGUUGUACGAUCUGAGUAUAGUAGAUCUACAGUAGAGUCUGUCGAGUAACGACCAAGACUCGACUGGAUCCGAAUCUGGAACCGUGCUGACAAACACAACUCUAAAAGUUAGAGCUGAUUAAAACUUAAUUCCUACUAGAUUGGUGUCAAUGUUGUCUGAGAAAUGUUUAGAGUGUGUUAGCAGCGAAUACAAAUCAUCGUAAAUGAAAUACAUGAUCAAUAAUGUGAAGAGGGUUACAUACCAGCUAGAUUAUUUCAACGAUAUUUAGAAAUAUCCGAAUCCGAGUUUUAGGACUCUUCCAUAAAUGACUCAUAUAUCUCAUGAAACGCGCAGGCGAUUACCUAAAUUCUCAACACUGUCAGAGCUGGUUGGAUAGUUCUCGAACUCGAACAUAAAGCCGAAGUGUGAAUUCGAUGCAUACCUAAUAGCAUACAACAAAAUGUUACUUUUAUCUAUAUAAAAAUAAACUUUGUGACAUUUUUUUCUCUAAGUAUUAAAUAAAAUUACUAGCAAAACAUCAGGUUUUGUUCAUAAAAGAAAAUGAAAAUAAUCUUUUUCUAUUUGAUCAUUUCAUUCAUAAAAAAUAUUUGAAUACGGAGAUCAUUAGAAAGCUAUUCAACAAAAUAAAAUAUAUUUUACACAUUGUUAAAGCGAUGAUCUGAGACUAUUCUCUUGAUGGUUUACUCGAAGAAAUUCACUUUUUUCAUUUAUUCAACAAUGAAUGCUAGGAGAAAUGUUUUUAUUUCUUACAAACUUAAGCUUAUUGCGUAUCCUACAAUAAUCAUAACUAUAUUGUUGUUAACAUAUCUUUACAUAAUUUUAAUACGAGAAAAAGAAACAAUUCUACUUUUUAGGUUACUCCACAAGUGAGAGCUAUCAUUGAUAAACUUAAUGCAACAUUAAUGAAAAUUAGUAAAACAGAUAGCAUUGAAAGUUUAAUUCAGCAAAUUGCAGUUAAAUCAGCAGCAGCUGGUGGCAUUUAUACAUGGCUUGAUAAUACUCUUAAAUUUCAUACUGUUUAUUUGGAAGUGAAACCAAAACAAAUAGCUUUAGAUGCUGCUAAUGAUGAAUUAAGUCGAGCACAACAAGCUUUUUCAAAAAUUCUUGCACGCGUACAAAUACUUGAAGAUUGUUUAACUGAAGAAAAUCUUAAAAUGCAACGAGCUCUUGCUGAAAAAGAUGAUGCUGUUAGAACAAAAGAACGAUUAGCACGUCAAAUUGAUUUAGCUGAACGUCUUGUUGAUGGUCUUGCUUCAAGUCGAAUUAUAUGGACAAAACGUGUUGAAACAUUUAAAAAUGAUUUAGAAACUUUAUUAGGUGAUGUUUUAUUAGCAUCAACAUUUAUUUCAUAUGCUGGAUAUUUUUCAAGAAGUUAUCGAAUUAAUUUUGUUAAUAAAUGGAGAUCCGCUAUUGUAGCUACUAAAGUAUGUCAAUGA